AUGGCAGGACGACCCGCAGGCACAGGCCACUUUGAACGACCACAACUAGACGAAGUCAUCAAGAAGCGCUUCUUUUAUGGCCCAUCAUUUGAUAUCUAUGGCUCCGUCUCCGGCUUGUAUGAUUACGGGCCAGCUGGAUGUGCACUACAAGCCAACAUCAUUGAUCUCUGGCGGAAACACUUCAUCAUCAAUGACUCCAUGUUGGAGGUAGACACGACGUGCUUGACGCCUGCGGAAGUGCUCAAGACAUCUGGCCAUGUUGACAAGUUUGCAGAUUGGAUGACCAAGGACAAGACCACUGGUGAAAUCUUUCGCGUAGAUCACUUGGUGGAGGAGGUUCUGGAAGGCCGCAUCAGAGGUCAUCGGGAGGCAACAGGUGUCAAGGUUGAGGCUGUGGAAGAGUCAGACGAGAAGAAGAAGCGCAAAAAGAAGGUCAAGAGUAUUGCUGCGGUCAAGCUGGAUGAAGCCACCUUGGAGGAAUACGAGUCUUGUCUCGCAAAGAUUGAUGGUUACUCCGGGCCAGAGCUUGGUGAGCUGCUUGUCAAGUAUGACAUUCGCAACCCUGCCAACAAUGCCGUCUUAGAGCCACCUAUUCAGUUCAACCUCAUGUUUGACACUCAGAUUGGUCCAACAGGCCAAUUCAAAGCAUAUCUCCGUCCAGAGACUGCACAGGGCCAGUUCCUCAACUUUGCAAAGCUCCUUGAGUUCAACAACUCUCGCAUGCCAUUUGCAUCGGCCAGUAUCGGCAAAUCCUUCAGAAACGAGAUUGCGCCUCGUUCUGGUCUCUUGCGGGUACGCGAGUUUCUGAUGGCAGAGGUAGAGCACUUUGUUGAUCCGAAUGACAAGUCGCAUGACCGCUUUGACGAGGUCAAGGAGACCGUCUUGCGGUUCCUACCAAAACAGACACAACUUGAUGGUAAAACAGACAUUUUGGAGAUGAGUGUCGAUGAGGCAGUCUCAUCUGGUAUGGUGGACAAUCAAACACUUGGCUACUUCCUUGCUCGCAUCUUUUUGUUUCUGCAAAAGAUUGGCAUUGAUCCGACAAGACUGCGGUUCAGGCAACACAUGAAUACGGAAAUGGCACACUAUGCUUGCGAUUGUUGGGAUGCAGAGAUUCAUACCACGUAUGGCUGGAUCGAGUGUGUAGGAUGUGCCGAUCGGUCUGCGUAUGAUUUGAGCGUGCAUGCGAAAAAGACGGGGGCUGCAUUGGUUGUGCGUGAAGCACUCAAGGAACCACUCGUUGAGCAAAAGUGGAUCCCUCAAAUCAAUCGCAAGGACUUUGGCAUGAAGUUCAAGAAGGACGCCAAAUCCAUUGAAGCAGCAAUUGAAGCCAUGUCAAUCCAAGAGAAAGAGGAAGCUGCUUCGAAUGGUUGCAUCAAUGUUGUCGGUCAGAGCAUCUCUCCAGAUCUUGUCAAGCUCGAGCUGAAGGAAAUUGUGUCCAACAUUCGCGAAUACACGCCCAACGUGAUUGAGCCUUCGUUCGGUAUCGGUCGUAUCCUCUACUCCGUCCUCGAACAUGCCUUUUGGUGUCGGCCCAAUGACGUUGAGCGAGGUGUGCUCUCCUUCUCACCUGUCAUUGCCCCAACCAAAGUGUUGCUCGUGCCCCUCUCCGGCAAUGCCCAGCUGCUCUCGCUUCUUCCAGGCCUCUCUGCAAAACUUCGCGCUUUGGAGAUUUCCAGCAAAGUGGACGACUCAUCUGCUGCAAUUGGUCGGCGUUACGCACGGAAUGAUGAGCUCGGCACACCGUUUGGUAUUACGAUUGACUUCCAGACUGUUGAAGAUGGCAGUCUGACACUGCGUGAACGCGACACGACUAAGCAGAUUCGCGCUAUGGAGUCAGAGAUUCUGGCUGUACUGGAUGAUCUUGUACGUGGCCGUGUUGCUUGGUCGGAUGUGUUGGCCAAGUAUGGCGAGUUUUCGUCGACAGAAGCAUGA